AUGCCUCCUAAGCCAAUUCUUAUAAAAAAUGAAACGAGAAAAAGUGUUUUAUUAACACCGAGCAGAAUAGUUAGCCGACCCGAUAAUCUUGAAGGUGGAGAAGAAACUGAAAUAGCCGCACAAAUAGUAGUACCCCAAGAAGGCGGAUGGGGUUGGGUUGUGGUUAUAGCUUCAUUUUUAAGCGUUUUUAUAUUAGAUGGUGUAUCGUUUACUUUUGGAAGUUUAUUAAAAGAUAUUUCAAACGAUUUAAACGUCUCAGAUUCGCUUAUAGCUUUCGUAAAUUCUUUGGCAGUUGCUAUUUAUUUUAUUGCCGGUCCUAUGGCUUCAGCAUUUAUCAAUCGCUUUGGUUUUAGAGCAUGUAUAAUGUCCGGGUCCGUUCUCAGUUCAUUUUCUUUAUUUAUAUCAUAUUUUUCAACUAAUUAUCCAUCACUUUGCAUGUUUUAUGGUUUUUUUGCAGGUUUUGGCUAUUGUUUAAUUAAUAUGUCUGCGGGUCUUGUUGUAGGAUUUUAUUUCGAAAAACUACGUUCAUUAGCCUUAGCCAUAGCAACUUGCGGGUCAAGCAUAGGCGUCAUGGUUUUUUUUCCUUUAAAUACCUAUUUAGUUAAGUUAGCCGGCUGGCGUAGCACGACACUUUUACAUUCAGGACUAAUUGGAGCAAUUUAUUUUUUAGGUAUGACCUUUCAACCGUUACUCUCAUUCACAGUGACAAAGACAGCAGAAGACCCCACGCGUACAGUUACGUAUUUACCAUGCUUAUCAACAGCUACAGUACGCCCUACAGUGUCUCGUACCAAAACAGAUGGGUUAGUACCUACAGCUGCGGAGCGUUUAUUUUGUGCCGUAUCCAAUUUGAAUUUUCCGACUGCUGCUGCGGUGGUGGAUGAUAGUAAAGUAACAUCAGAUGCUCAGCCUGGUCCGUCGACUGGUGCAGUUUCUAAAUUGACUUUGACAGCAAAUGCUCCCCAGGGUGGCAUUAGUCCAAGACAGUUAAAGCAAGUUCAAUCUAUUAUGUCCAAAACGAGUAUUCAGGAUAAGAAGACAGUUGAAGUUACAGUAACUGUAGAGCAACCUAAGACUACUGGCUGUUGCGGACGAUUAUGUCUUUGGGAUCAACAUAUACCUCAGUCUCGUCCAAUGUAUCGAGAUGAUGUCUUUUACUAUGGCAAACUAGACAAACUUCCAGCCUAUCAAAAAAGUAAAAUGGGUACGGUUACAUCUAAAACUGGAUUAGAAUAUCAGUUAGCAGUAUCUAGAGCGGCAACAGCUGUAGAUCUAAAAGAAAAAAGAGGUGUAUUUACAAUAGCUGCUAGAAGAGUACUAGCAACAAUGAUGGAUACCAAGCUUUUAAAAAAAAGAUCGUUCUUAUUUUUAUGUCUUGCUGGUUUUCUCAUUUAUAUAGGGUUUUUGAUUCCAUACGUAUUUAUACAUGAUAGAACUGUUGAAGAAGGAUUAGAUCCUCAGCAUUGUUCUGUAUUCGUAAGUGUGAUAGGACUUUCAAAUGCUGUUGGUAGAUUGACAUUAGGGGUCAUUGGCUGUUAUGUUGACCCACUGUAUGUCUUUAUAUUUGCAAUCUUAGUGUCUGGUGUUAGCACUAUUGCUUCGGAUUUGUCUUUCAAUUUAUAUUAUCAAUAUUUUUAUUGUUUUAUUUUCGGUUUCUUUGUUUCGUGUGUCGCCUCCUUAAGAAGUAUGGUGUUAGUAUCAUUGUAUGGUUUAGACAAUUUGACAAAUGCCACCGGUAUUAUUUUAUUAUUUCAAGGUGUUGGUAGUUUAAUAAGUACUCCGGUGGCUAGUAUACUUAAAAAUAUGUAUGGAUAUUCUAUUUCAUUUUAUGUGGCUGGAAUUUUUAUAACAAUUGGUGGACUUAUGUUACUGCCAGUAAAAAAAAUAUCUGUCAAAGAAAAGAAAGAAACUUUACCUGCAAUUAAAAUUUAA